AUGAAUAAAGUCUACCAAAAGAAUGAAGAUAAUGAUUACCACAAUGAUAGAUUACACAAUAACAGUAUCAUAAAACCAACAAUCAACAACAAUCAAUUAGGCGAUACACAAUUUCUUCGUUUAGAACAAAUGAGAGCUGAUUUAGAAGAAGAAUUAGGCUUUGAAUUAUUGAUUAAAGCUUACAAUGUUAUUCAGGCAUUACAAGAAGAUGAAGAUGAAACAAUUACAGAAAGUGAAAAAAUUGUUACUAAUGUUUUAGGUGAAGAAAAAACUCGAAUUUAUUAUGAUCGUAUUUUACAAUUAGUUCUUGCUGAUGGUGCUUAUAUGGAUGAGUCUUAA